GAGGAGAGCGGGAGGGAGGAGGACGAUAGAGGCGACUCUGCUGGGUGUGUCACACUGACUGAGCACGCCGGAGACUCUGGAGCCCGGACAAGGACCUGCUGCGCUCUCUGCGAGGCCAUGGGGGAUGUCAUAUCGAGUCACCUGGAUGAAAGCCGACGCCAGAACAUUGCAGAGCAUACAAGGAAACUCUUAGCAGAGUUUGGGAAGAUCUAUGAGGAGCAGUAUGGAGUGGCCCUGUUCAAUAGUGUACGCUAUGAGAUUGAAGGGAAUGGAGGACCACAGACGCAGCUACUACAUCGCAAGACACCACUCAAAGACCGUGUGAUCUUUUCUGGAAAUCUGUUCCAGUUUGUGGAUGAUACCAGAAAAUGGAGGAACCGCUUCUGCGUGGUCCCUCAUCACUAUGGCCCAGUGCUGUAUGAGAAUAAAAUAGCUUAUGAGCGUGGCCUACAGCCCCGAGCUGGCAUCAACUGUGCUGGGUACAGAGUCUUAACCUCCCUAGAACAAUAUACUGAACUGCUUAAUAACAUGGUUCCAGGUGGCAAAGUGAAGGCUGGCAGUGCCCCAAUGAAAUGUGCCACUCAGUUCCCCAUUAUUCUUUGGCACUCUUUCUGCCGGCAUUACCAUUUCUGUGUGAUGACUGAACGCGAGCAAGAGAGAUGGAGCGCAGUGUUCCAGGACUGUGUGCGUCACUGCAAUAAUGGUAUCUCAGAGGAUUCACGCGUGGAAUCUGCCGCCUUCACAGACUCUGUGAGAUUUUUCAGACAAGCACGGGACCAAUACGGAACAUGGGACAUGCUGUGCGGCAAUCAAGUCCAGGUUCUCAGCAAUCUGGUGAUGGAUGAUCUUGUCCCUGAUCUGAAGAAUACCAUCGGGCCCAGACUCAGAGGAAAACCUCAGGAGAGACAGAGGACCUGGCUGAUGAUUUCAGACACUGUGUACCGGAUGGUGCAUGAGCAGACCCGUGUCUUCUUUGAGGGCCUUGAAAAGCGCUGUAGUGACAAGAGAGCAGAGAUGGAGAGUCAGAUCCGAACAGACAUGGACCAGAUCAUUGCCUGCAAGGAGCACGUGUCCAACAAAAUUCGAGCUGCCGUGCUGCCAAAGGCAGAGUUGUGCGUGCGGAACCAUGUCCAGUCUCACAUUCCAUCUAUCCUGGAGGCACUGAUGGUUCCAACCAGCCAAGGCUUCUCUGAGGUGCGGGAACUGAUUUUCUCUGAGGCCACCGACAUGAACAAGAACCUAGUGAAUGAGGGAGUACAAGACAAGCUGGGGGAGCAUAUGGAGAAAAUCGCACAGCUGGCCUAUCACCCAGUAAAAAUGCAGCAGUGCUAUGAGAAGAUGGAACAUCUGAAUCUGGAAGGGCUACAGCAAAGGUUUGAUGUGGGAAGUCCAUCCGUAUUCAAGCAGAGGGCACAGAUCCUCAUGCGGGAGCUGACUGACAAUGCAGUGUACACAUUUGAACAGCUGAUUCAUCAGGAACUGAACAAGUCAGAAGGGGGAGAGAACCUGUGUAGAGACAUCCAGCGCAUAUUAGAGCGCGUUCUCAAGAAAUAUGACUAUGAUAGCAGCAGUGUUCGCAAGAGGUUCUUUCAAGAAGCAUUACUGCAAAUCAUCAUCCCUUUCCUGCUGAAGAAGCUGGCACCUACCUGCAAAUCCGAGUUACCUCGAUACCAAGAACUUAUAUUUGAGGAACUGUCACAGUUUGUCCUGGUGGAGAACACAUACGAAGAAGUUGUGCUGCAGACUGUAAUGAGGGACAUUGUGCAAGCUGUAAAGGAUGCUGCCACCCAGCGAAAACAUAACCUGUUCCGGGACAGUAUGGUAUUGCGCAACAGUGAUCCUAACCUUCACCUCCUCGAAGAUGGACCACCUAUUAAUUGGACCGAAGACUAUUCCAACAAUACUGAAUCCUCGGGAGGCCGGCAUGGCAGAUCACGCCAAGUGGUAUCCCUUAUUCAGGAUGAUGAUGCACCUGAAUACCUGGAAUCCUGUCAGGAGAGCCCAGCUAAUGAAAAUAUCCCUGAAGAGCCAGAGUCCAGUGAUGUUGGCAUAAUCCGAAGCAUGCUUGUCAAAGAGUUUGAUGUUCAGGUUCCAGUUUCAGACACAGCGCAGGCGCCGCAACAUGGAGACAGCGCGCAGGCGCCGCAACAUGGAGACAGCGCGCAGGCCCCGCAACAUGGAGACAGCGCACAGAGCCCACAACAUGGAGACAGCGCACAGAGCCCACAACAUGGAGACACCGCACAGAGCCCACAACAUGGAGACACCGCACAGAGCCCACAACAUGGAGACACCGCACAGAGCCCACAACAUGGAGACAUCGCACAGACCCUGCAACAUGCACUACCCGAGGAACAACUGACACACAUCACUCAGUCACACACACAACAGGUGAGGCCUGGUGCUCUUCAUGCCCAGGAGGAGGAGAAUAUCUCAGUUGGUGGACUUCCUGAAGAUGAUGUGGAUCACAGUCAUGUGGAGCAGACCGUGUCACCUUCCACCAUAGAUGAAUCUCCAGAUAGAGAAUUGGUAGAGAAUUACCAAAGGAUUUCAGAUCAUUUAGAACAAGAAGUCCAUGGUGAUCAGGAAGAGGAGCCACAGCAUUUACUGACACAAAAACUUUUCAGCACAGAUGAUCAAAAGCUGAUUGAGGAGCAGCCUCAUGACGUACCUGAAAACAAGACCGCCAACCAUCAUGAUUCAGUUGUACAGUAUGUUGGCCAUAAACACCAUCCGGUAGAAGAACAAAAGCAACACUCGUCACAGGAAAAAACUGUCCACCCGGAGAUAUUGCUUUGCCAGAUGCCACAAGUGGUUGCCACUUCACUUGCCACUCCUUCAGAAGAAGACACCCGGUCUGAGGCGCUUCAGUCUUCCACGUCUCAUGUUGUACAUUCCACCCCAGAUGACAGUGGCUUCCAAUCACCCAUGAGUGAGGAGGAGGAAGAAGGUGAAGGGUACAGGGAAACUCCUGUGCCAGCUCAACAAAAGAAAGAGGAGGUCAUUACCCAGUUCUGAGGACCUGCACAAUGGGACUAAGCUUUUAUCAUGAACUUAUGGAGGGCAGAAGCAGCGCCAGAUUCUCCUUCCUUUUGGCACAAAAUGACUUAUUUAAAUGUUUUUUUUUGGCUCUGCAACACACACCACCCUUACCCUUUGCUAUGCCAAUGCUGGAGUUUUCGCUAUUCCCCUAUGACAUGAACGCACAGUGUUUAAAUAUUCCACCAACAUCACUUCAUCUCAUCA